UGGCACUUGGCAAACAAGAUGUCGUACCUUUUAAACAAAUAAUUCAUUAGGUAAUUAAAUUCAAGUGAGAUUACCCUAAUUAAAUAUACACUGCUGUUGAAUCAUAAUUUCUAUUGGCCUAGUUAAAGAUGAACAGGCUCUUAUUCCUAACCAAAAAAGAAAGAAAGAAAAAAAAGAAAACAGAAAGAGAAAAAGAAAGAAAGAAAGCUUUGCAAGAAUCCCCUGUGACAAGAGGGCCAGAUUUGAAUGCUCUCCAAGGAAGUCGUUUCAAGAGAGAAAAGCCAGCAAACUCAGCGAGGGGCUGGCUGUGCAAGACUAUGCUGGUGACUGCUCCUCAGUUAGAGAGACCCCGUGACGGCAGGACGCCCUGCUCCGGGCCGGGCCUCCAGAGCCCUGUCCUCCAGGCCUCAAGGGCAGCACAGAGCAGCAACAGCUAAAGGAUCCCAGGACCCCAGGGAAACGCAGAGCGAGCGCCCACAAGGCUCCGCCCGCCCAGCUCCCCUUGGGCGGCUCAGGGCUGCCUCCCCACCCUCUCACCCAGGGCUUUGAUCUGCGACUCUGGCUGGGGAGAGCUGACAGCCGCUGCAUGGCAGCCCGGCUUUCAUUUGUCAGACACGCGUUCGCUGGUGUACGGAGCAGGCUGCAACACCUGUACUGCAAGAAUUUACAUCGCCUUGCUCCGGGAUGGCAUUGAUUUGGGACGGGUGAAAUACAAACACAAACUAAUUAAAAACUGCAUAAUGGAGCCCUACAGGAACACCGCAGAAAACAAAUAAAUACAAGCGCAGCUGGCACGGCAAUUGUGCCUCUGCCCCGGAGCAACCGUCUGGUGACAUCAAAUUAUAAACCCUGAAAAUGCUCGCCGUCGCUGCCGAUCCUGUCGGAGGCGUAAUGGAGAUGAUCUGGUUAAUUAAGGGGAGAUUUAUAAAAUAUUUACGUGUGUGCACACGCAUGUAAUGCGCUUCCUGUGACACUCGGGACAGCCACACUGUGGUCCUGCAGGCCCCACCGCGCUCGCUGGAGCUCAGGCCACUCUGAGGGCUUGGGGACCGUCCUACUGUGACGCCUGGGGAUCAUUCUGUGCCUCUGGGCCUGGGGGCUGGGUGUUGCCUCCCUGAGCUCCCGGCGACUCCAGCCACAAGCACAGAGGGCCUCACUCACGGGUCCAGGCCUCGAGGGGCCCGGGUGCCCAGACGGUUCCACGCGUGGGGCUGCAGUCUGCGCUCGGCGAGGGUCUCCUUGGACACCACCGACCACCCAGUACUUGUCCAUGGCCCGGUCCCCAGCGGGUGACACCCCAGCUCCUACUGGGGAAAGGUGCAGAGUCCUGAUGAUCACUACCCAGACUCCUAAAGCAGGGCGCGGCCGGGCGGAGGCCGGGCUGGGGUCCACGGCACAGUCCACGCGUGGAUGACAACGCGCAAGGAAGACAACCGGGGCCACAUGGAUGCGGGGGCCCUGACUCCAAAUGUCCCCUCCCCAGCCUCCUCUUUCUCCUUUGAGGCCUCUGGGCAGCAGAACCUCGGAAUCCUGGAGAAUUAUUUCGGGGUUUUCACUUAGAAACCCCCGGGGCCGGGGAAGACUCCGUCCUGGGAGGGUGGUGGACAGGAGGGCAGUUCUUGGUAAAGGACCCAAAGGAGCCCGAAACUUGAAAACCAGCGCGCCUUUCCCUACCAGCGCUCCCCGCCCGCCUUGCUGCGGCUCUGCCCACGCACCCGGGUGCACCGGGUCCCCAGCCGAAGUCCGGUCUCCUCCACCGCCGGCGUCAGGGCCCUCUGCAGGACUUGGCAGGGCGGAGCUCAGAUCUCACCUCGCAGCGACCCCUAGGUCCGCUCAGGGAGGCGGCUUCGGAGGCGGUGGGUCGGGGAGGGGCCUGGCUCGCGGGUCCCCCGCCCUCCCGACGUCUUCCUCCGCUUCGCUGGGGAGCCCGGACCCGCUCGUCCUCUUGGGCCAGCAGAGACCAAGCAAGCCGGGCUCGCAGUACGAACUCAAGGACAACCCCGGGGUGCACCCAGCCACCUUCGCAGCCCACACGGCCCCAGCCUAUUACCCCUAUGGCCAGUUCCAGUACGGGGACCCCGGGAGGCCCAAGAACGCCACGCGCGAGAGUACCAGCACGCUGAAGGCCUGGCUGAACGAGCACCGCAAGAACCCCUACCCCACCAAGGGCGAGAAGAUCAUGCUGGCCAUCAUCACCAAGAUGACCCUCACGCAGGUCUCCACCUGGUUCGCCAACGCGCGCCGGCGCCUCAAGAAGGAGAACAAGGUGACGUGGGGGGCGCGCAGCAAGGACCAGGAGGACGGUGCCCUUUUCGGCAGCGACACGGAGGGCGACCCCGAGAAGGCCGAGGACGACGAGGAGAUAGACCUGGAGAGCAUCGACAUAGACAAGAUCGACGAGCACGACGGGGACCAGAGCAACGAGGACGACGAGGACAAGGCCGAGGGGCCGCGCCCGCCCGCAGCCCCCAGCGCCCUGGCCCGGGAGCGGGGCUCGCCGCUGGCGGCGCCGGACGUGCUCAAGCCCCAAGACUCGCCCCUGGGCCUGGCCAAGGAGCUCGCAGAGCCCGGCAGCACGCGGCUGCUGAGCCCGGGCGCCUCGGCCGGCGGCCUGCAGGGCACACAGCACAGCAAGCCGAAGAUCUGGUCGCUGGCGGAGACGGCCACGAGCCCCGACGGCGCGCCCAAGGCGUCCCCGCCUCCUCCCGCGGGCCACCCCGGAGCUCACGGGCCCCCCACGGGCGCGCCGCUGCAGCACCCCGCCUUUCUGCCCAGCCACGGACUGUACACCUGCCACAUCGGCAAGUUCUCCAACUGGACCAACGGCGCGUUCCUCGCGCAGGGCUCGCUGCUGAACAUGCGCUCCUUCCUGGGCGUCGGGGCGCCCCACGCCGCGCCCCACGGGCCGCACCUGCCCGCGCCGCCGCAGCCACAGCCGCCGGUCGCCGUCACCCCCGGGCCACUCCACGUGGACAAGGCCUCGGCCCGCGCCAGCCCUGCGCCCCCAGAGAGAGACCUGGUCCCCAGGCCGGACUCGCCGGCGCAGCCGCUCCAGUCGCCCUUCCAGCCGGUGCGCGACAACUCGCUGGCCCCGCAGGAGGGGACGCCGCGGAUCCUGGCUGCGCUCCCGUCGGCCUGAUCGGGGCCGCUCUCACUUCUCGGGGGGAGGGGAGGCGUUGGGGAGGGAGGGAGGGGGCCGGGAGCAAUUACGACAAAUAUUAAGGACUGGUGUAAAGGACGACUGCGACCGGGACGUCAAGAUCCUCUCACCCAUCGCUUGCUGCAGAAAGGGGCUCGUCCGGUCCGCGUGGCCUCUCCGCCUGCGGCUCGGCUCGGCAGCGGUCACGCGCGGGCCGGCUCGGGUGGACGAUCUGACCCCGCAGACGCCCCACGCGCUUGUGUCUUCUUUUCCUUUGUUUUCCUUUCUGUAUAUAGAGUGAUUUCAGAUUGUAAAUAGCGCGUCAGCGAACUCGUCUAAAUCAUAUAUUUUUGUCUAAUAAACUAAGUGAAACGAA